AAUUUAUUGAACUUUGAAUUGGAGUGGUGGAUUUUGAAGAUAUUUUUUCAGCUUCUAAACUUUCUCAACUUCCCAAGAACCCGGUUCUUUACUCCUUUUGUCUCUAAACUUGUGGCACCAAUUUUUACCACCAUUCUUAUAGCUUCCUUUUUUCGGAAUUUUCCUUCAAAUGUCCUUGAUUUUUAUUGCCAUAUAGAAAAAAUGGGGGAAGUGGUACUAAGCUGUGAAGAACGCAAUAAUGGGAUGGCUGCUGUUGAAGAAGGGACCAAGAAGAACAACAUUGGCGGUGAUGUUUCCGCCGCCGCAUCAUCUGAAGCUGCAGCAGCUGCAGCUGCUUCAGCUGCCGGAGAUGAUGCCGCCGCGGUGGUUAGGUGGGAGAGCUUUCUUCCAAAGAUGGUGCUGAGGGUUUUGCUGGUUGAAGCUGACGAUUCCACCCGUCAGAUUAUUGCCGCUCUUCUCCGGAAAUGCAGCUACAGAGUUGCUGCAGUUUCUGAUGGCUUAAAGGCAUGGGAGGUACUGAAGGGAAGACCCCACAACAUUGACCUCAUAUUGACUGAGGUCGAACUGCCAGCCAUCUCAGGAUUUGCUCUGCUCACAUUGAUUAUGGAGCAUGAGAUUUGCAAAAACAUCCCAGUAAUAAUGAUGUCUUCGCAGGACUCAGUUAGCACGGUGUAUAAAUGCAUGUUGAGAGGAGCAGCAGAUUUUCUGGUUAAACCAGUUCGAAAAAAUGAACUGAGGAACUUAUGGCAACAUGUCUGGCGGAGACAAGCUUCAAGCAGUGGUGGUGGAGUGGGUCCUCAAGACGAGAGCACUGCACAACAUAAUAAGGUUGAAGCCACGGCCGAAAACAAUGCUAUUAGUAAUAAUUCAUGUGACAUGGCCUGCAUUCAGAAAAAUCGGGAAUAUUUGGAAAAAGGAAGUGAUGCCCAGAGCUCUUGUACAAAACCAGAGUUGGAUGCUGAACAUGCAGACACGGAAUGCGUGCAGGAGCUGUCACAUUCAAAAUGGAGCAAAUUGCAGUCUACUGACAUGGAUACAAAGAAACAAGAGAGCCACGCAAUUCCAAACAAGAAAGUGCAGCCAUCAGAUAAUGAAGCAGAUGGAUCAAGGGAAGCCAUCGGGGUAGAUGCACAAAGGAUGACUAGCGUGGAAGAUAAAAAUUCAGGCUCCCAUUGGGAUUUUGGCCGUGCCACCGGUCUUGGUCUUGAAACCAAUUAUGUCAGCAAUGAUUCUGUUAGGGAAGUCAUUGACUUAAUAGGGGCUUUUGAUAACUACCUUAAAUGCGCUCACAGAAAUAGUGGCUCAAAUGUUGUUACUGCGAGCAAAGUUGAUACUUUGCCUCAAUUAGAUCUUUCCUUAAGAAGACAUACAAGUGGCUCAGUAAACCAAGAAACAGAUGAGAGGCAGCAGCACAGAUUAAACCACUCAGAUGCAUCCGCCUUUUCAAGAUACGUUAACAGGAGUUUGCAGCCUCAACCGUUGGCAUCACCUACCUCUUGCAAUCAACAGAGGGAUCAUUCUUCUCAUUUGGCGAUCGGUCAGCCUGGAGAAAGUGAGUCCACAACUCCUCCUCGGCCUCAACAGAGGUUACUACCUGCUCCGGUUCCAGUAAGAGGCGUUAGAGUGGACAAUCUAAGCAAUGGUUAUAACCCCUUGAUGCACCAACUAUUUCGUACACAAUCAGGCCUAUCAGCAAUGCAGAGUUCCAGUUCAGUUAACAACCCAGAAACUGCUUCGCCUUCACUUCAGGCGAAUGCGAAUGCAUUCUAUCAGCUGAAUCAUCAUCAAUCUGCGAAUCCGUCACAGCAGUAUCAUCAUGGCCGCCUUUUGCAGAACCGGAGUGAUAUGGCUGAUCAAAUGGAGAGCCGCGAGGGGCAUAAAUUGGAGACUGUAGAGGACCGUGGACAUACAUCAUCUGCGACAGAUCAGAGUGGCAACAGUAGUUUCUGCAAUGGAACAGUAAAUCACCUUAACAAUCUGCAUUGUGGAGCGAGCAACAAUGAAGUAAAGAUGGAUGCUGUGGUUCCCUACAUGUCAACAACCGCUGCAGCAGAAUGUGGCAACGAAGAAUCACUUCGAGCGCAUCAUGAUGGGAACUCAAUCAAAUCCAUGCAAAGAGAAGCUGCGCUUACAAAGUUCCGUUUAAAGAGGAAAGAAAGAUGCUUCGAGAAAAAGGUACGGUAUGAAAGUAGGAAAAAACUUGCUGAGAAGCGGCCACGAGUUAAAGGGCAGUUUGUUCGGCAAGUAGUGGCAGAAUCUCCACCUGGGAACACACCAGUUGGAUAAAUAGGCAUGCGAAUGCAGAUCAAAGGGCCAAGAGAUCAAGCACAAAAUGGGGGCUUUGAUUUAUAGUCCAUCUAGAUAAAGCUCCAAAAGAUUAUUGCCAACUCCCUAUGUAGCCUAGCGAUUAGUCAUUGUAACAUAUAUCCUAUAUCUCCUUUCUUUUAUCGUGGCUUUCUGUAUAUUUAUGAGGGGCUGCCACUUUUGAUAAUUUUUUUUUGUAGGGGCCUUGUUGUGAUCAAAGUAAGCUAGUUGUUAGUUAGUCAUCAGUGACCCUUUAACUUUUGGCUUGCUUGACUUAGAUGACAAUUAGGUUAUCUUGGUUGUAAAACAAAGUACAUGAUUAUACAGCAGCAGAUUCAUUUGUAGCUAGAAAUAGACUUCUGGCCGUAAUGUUCAGUUCAGCGAUGUUUCGUACGCCUCCAUUCCUUUUCAUCAUAGUCUUUGAAACGUGAUUUUCCUUUUUCUUUGAAAUUAUGAGCGCAAACAGUUGGAAC